AUGUCAUCCUCUGUUGUAGCAGGUGCUUCAUCUUCUUGCUCAGCUGCUUAUGUGAGAAACCUCUCCCUCAAAUCCAACUCCUCAAUUCCAUCUGCAAAUGCAAAGCGAUUAACUUCCCACUCUGAGCUUCCAAGGGUGCUCACUUCAAGAGGUCAAAUGGAGCAUCUCGCUUCUUUGAUGGCUGAGAUCACUACUACUAGUACUAGCAGAGAAGUGAGAACAGGUCUUGAGAUUACAGCAAGAACUGCUGGGGCUUCAAAGAGCAUUGAGGUUGAAGUAGACAAACCACUGGACCUAGCUUUGGGUCAAAAGCUGGGUGGUGGUGUGGUCAUCACGGUCAGUCCUCCUCCCCCUCCCCUCUUACGAGUAGAAGGUGGUGGGUAUGCUGCAAAAGCAGGGCUCAAGGUUGGCGACCAGGUCCUCCACACAAGCAGCUUCUUUAGGGAUGAACUUUGGCCUGCUGAUAAGCUUGGAUUUACCGAAACCGCUAUUCAGGCAAAGUCAGAUUCCGUCUACUUUGUUUUGAGAAGUCCGUUGCUUGAUGGUAGCACCUCUCCAUCAAUAGUAGGUUCUCAAAGUGUGGACAUAGCUUCAUCUUCAGUAGCUGUAAUUUGUGAGAUGUCUGAUCAUCUCAGAUACAGAGGAGCUGGUGUGGAUGUCAAAUUACUGCAGAAGCGCCCAGCACCGCCUCAAUUUGGACGGAAGUUAACUGAUGCUCCAAAGGCAAGGCUGAAUAUAUGA